AUGACCAGUUCUGUUAUGACUAUUCCAUCCAUUGAAAAUCUUUAUCAAUGUUAUACUGAUUACUGUAAUUCAAAUGCUGCAGAGACCCUGGAGGUGCUUGAAAGUUGGGUACUCGAACUAUUUAGUGAUGUCAAGAAAGGCUCUGCAGUAAUGCCAGAGGCUAGGUUGGAAGCCCCUAUCUGGAAAGCUGGUAAACUUUAUCGGCUGGGGGCAGUUAAAGAUGUUCAUAUCCUAGAUUUGUCCUGGACAUUGCCAUCUCUUCGAAAAGAUUAUUUGAAGAAAUCAGAGGAUUACCUGGCUCAUCUCAUUGGUCAUGAGGGCAAAGGAAGCUUGCUUUAUUUUCUGAAAGCUAAAGGGUGGGCAACUUCUGUAUCUGCUGGUGUUGGGGAUGAAGGAAUGCACCGAUCUUCAAUGGCUUAUAUUUUUGGCAUGUCUAUUCACCUCACCGACUCUGGCUUGGAAAAGAUCUUUGAUAUCAUUGGCUUUGUGUAUCAAUACCUCAAGUUAUUGCGUCAAGUUUCUCCCCAAAAAUGGAUAUUUAAGGAACUCCAGGAUAUUGGGAAUAUGGAAUUCAGAUUUGCAGAGGAGCAACCGCAGGAUGAUUAUGCUGCAGAACUUGCAGAGAAUCUGCUUGUUUAUCCGCCGGAGCACAUUAUUUAUGGGGAUUAUGCCUACGAGGUAUGGGACGAGGAGAUGAUAAAAUAUGUUUUGGGUUUCUUCACGCCAGAUAACAUGAGGGUUGACAUCGUAUCCAAGUUUCUUGACUGGUCACAAGAUGCCCAAUGCGAGCCAUGGUUUGGAUCACGAUACACUGAGGAAGAUAUAUCUUCAUCUCUGAUGGAAUUGUGGAGGGAUCCUCCAGAAACUGAUGUGUCAUUACAUCUGCCUGCAAGGAAUGAGUUCAUUCCAUGUGAUUUUUCUAUCCGUGCCGACAAGGCAUUUGAUUUUGCUUAUGUGUCUUCUCCAAGGUGUAUACUUGAUGAACCCUUAAUGAAGUUCUGGUACAAGCUGGAUAAGACUUUCAAGCUUCCCCGUGCUAAUACAUACUUCCGAAUUACUUUAAAAGGGGCAUACAAUAGUUUAAAGACUGCUCUAUUGACCGAGUUAUUUGUGCACCUUCUAAAAGAUGAACUGAAUGAGAUUAUUUAUCAGGCCAGUGUGGCUAAAUUGGAAACUUCUGUAUCUCUGUUUAGUGACAAGUUGGAGCUGAAGGUCUAUGGCUUCAAUGAUAAGCUUCCAGUUCUUUUAUCCAAAGUUUUGGCAGUUGCCAGAUCUUUUUUGCCAACAGCUGACCGCUUCCUGGUUAUUAAAGAGGAUUUGGAUAGAACUUUGAAAAACACGAACAUGAAGCCUCUAAGUCAUUCAUCAUACUUGAGACUGCAAGUGCUGUGUCAGAGUUUCUGGGAUGCAGAUGAGAAGCUGUGCUUGCUCAAUGACUUGUCUCUUGCUGAUUUGAGGGCUUUUAUUCCCGAGCUCCUUUCCCAGCUGUAUAUUGAAGGCCUUUGCCAUGGCAAUUUACUGGAAGAAGAAGCAAUCAACAUAUCAAAUAUAUUUAGAAGUAAUUUUCCUGUAAAACAACUGCCAUUGGAGAUGAGGCAUAAAGAAUAUGUUAUUUGUCUUCCUUCUGGUGCUGACCUUGUUAGAGAUGUCAGAGUGAAAAAUAAGCUGGAAACAAACUCCGUAGUUGAGCUUUAUUUUCAAAUUGAACCAGAACUGGAGGCUGAAAUGAUCAAAUUGAAAGCACUCAUUGAUCUUUUUGAUGAAAUUGUGGAAGAACCGCUUUUUAACCAGCUUAGGACAAAAGAGCAGCUUGGUUAUGUUGUUGACUGUAGCCCGCGAGUGACAUACCGCAUAUUAGGAUUUUGUUUCCGUGUUCAAUCUUCUGAGUACAACCCUGUCUACUUGCAAAAGAGGAUUGAUAACUUCAUACAUGGCUUGGAAGAGAUGUUGGGUGGACUUGAUGAUGAAUCGUUUGAGAAUUAUAAAAGUGGGUUGAUUGCAAAGUUGCUGGAGAAAGAUCCAUCACUUGCAUAUGAAACGAAUCGGUUUUGGGGUCAGAUUGUAGAUAGAAGGUAUAUAUUUGACUUGUCCGAGAAGGAAGCAGGGGAGCUUAGGAGCAUUCAGAAAGAUGAUGUUAUUAACUGGUACAAUACUUAUUUGAGACAAUCUUCUCCAAAGUGUCGGAGGCUUGCAGUUCGGCUGUGGGGCUGCAACACUGACUGCAAAGACGCUGACACACCACCAACAUCUGUCCAGUUCAUCAAAGACCUUGCGGAGUUCAAGCUGUCAUCAAAAUUCUAUCCAAGCGUUUGUUAA